ACAGCUGCAUAAAACAACUGACAAGAAUUCAUUGGUCACGUGCCACCAAUUAAUUUGAGUGGCUGAACUCAACCUUUAUAGCUACAUUAGCUUUUAUGGUAGUUAACAUAUUUUUAACUAGCAUUAAUACUGUAGCACAUCUAGAUUCAAAAAAGAAAAGAAAAACAAAAAUGUACUGAAACAAAAUUAAUUGCUGUAUAUUUUUUCAUUCAUUUUUUACUUGGACAUCAACCUAAUAUAUGUGACUCUCCUCUUCCCUAUCUCUUCGUCUCUUCCAAAUUCAGGACUAUUGAAUGUCCUGGAGCCCUCAAUAGUACGAACAAAACUCAAAACACUGAUCUAUUCGUAUUAAUAGUAAUAAUGGAGGAACUGAAGCCAAGGUUUGCAAAUUCAUGUCCUUUGACCCCACUGGGAUUCCUGGAAAGAGCUGCAACUGUCUACGGUGACUGCAUUUCGGUUGUUUACGACGACCUCUCCUACACAUGGUCGCAAACCCACACCCGUUGUCUCCGUGUGGCCUCCUGUAUCGAAUCAUGGCUCGGCGUCAAGAAGGGUCAAGUCGUUUCAGUCGUCGCACCAAAUGUCCCGGCAAUGUACGAGCUCAACUUCGCCGUCCCCAUGGCUGGAGUUGUCCUCAACAAUAUCAAUACACGACUUAACGCCGUUACUAUCUCCGUUAUGCUUCGUCACAGCGAGUCCAAACUCGUCUUUGUCGACCAAUUAUCCGUUCGUCUCGUCCUCGACGCUGUGUCUUUGUUCCCGAAGAACACCCCAACUCCACUUCUGGUUCUCAUUGCUGAUAAUAUUACGGGCGAGAAUUUGACGGUUGAGGAUCGUGAACACUUCGUUUGCUGUUAUGAGGACUUAGUGGAGAAAGGAGACGAUAAAACCUUCAAAUGGGUUCGACCCAUCAGCGAGUGGGAUCCGAUAGUGUUGAAUUACACCUCCGGAACGACGUCGUCUCCCAAAGGUGUCGUUCAUAGCCACAGAAGCGUUUUCGUCGUUACUCUUGACUCGCUCAUCGACUGGGGAGUCCCCAAACAGCCCGUUUACCUCUGGACUCUCCCCAUGUUUCACGCCAACGGGUGGGGCUACACAUGGGGCAUAGCAGCCGUUGGUGGAACCAACAUAUGCCUCCGGAGAUUCGACGGUGAGAUCAUCUUCAACCUUAUUCGACGGCACAGAGUGACUCACAUGUGUGCAGCGCCAAUCGUGCUCAACAUGUUGUCAAACUCUCCCAAUGCCGAGCCUCUUCCAAACCCGGUUCACGUCAUGACCGGCGGAGCACCACCGCCCGCGGCAGUACUUCUCCGGACAGAGUCCUUAGGCUUCGUCAUCAGCCACGGCUACGGGAUGACAGAGAUGUUGGGAGUGGUCGUGUCAUGCGCGUGGAAGCGGGAAUGGAAUAGGCUACCCGCAACGGAGCAAGCACGGUUAAAGUCUCGUCAAGGGGUGAGGACGGCGGCGAUGAUGGAAGUCGAUGUUGUUGAUCCAAACUCAGGGGUUAGCGUCAAGAGAGAUGGUUUAACAAUGGGAGAAAUAGUCCUGAAAGGGAGUAGCAUCAUGUUAGGGUAUCUAAAAAACUCAGCCGCCACCGCAAAAUGCAUAAGAGCCGACGGUUGGUUCUACACAGGUGAUAUGGCUGUAAUGCAUCCCGAUGGGUAUUUGGAGAUUAAGGAUCGAUCCAAGGACGUUAUCAUAAGCGGCGGAGAGAAUGUGAGCAGCGUGGAGGUGGAGUCGGCCCUUUACAGCCACCCCGCGGUGGAUGAGGCCGCGGUGGUGGCCUGUCCCGACGAGUAUUGGGGUGAGACGCCGUUUGCGUUUGUGACAUUGAAGAAAGGGAUGAGAGUGAGGCCGACGGAGAAGGAGAUAUUGGAGUACUGUAGAGAAAAGUUGGCUCAUUUUAUGGUACCUAAAGUGGUGGUGUUUAGGGAUAAGCUUCCCAAGACUUCCACUGGAAAGAUUCAAAAGUUUACGUUGAAAGAGAUUGUUAAGACGAUGGGAUAUUCUUCUUCUUCUUCUUCUUAUGGGGUUGGUCGGGCUCGGAUGUAAUGUCGCUUUUCCAUUUUUGGGACUUUGGUCGUAUACUAGCCAGCUACACAAUAAAUAUGUACUGUUUUGACGUUUGUAAUUAAGUUUUUUUAUCAUGUAGUAUUUUUGUUGCAAAAUAAUAAUUUUUUGUUUGAAACUAUGUUUUUUUUUUUUUGAAGAA